UAGUGGUGAUAAAGCCAUCAAGAAUGAACAUGCAGAGUCUAAUUUGCAGACUGCCGAACUUAUGGAAACUACUGCAAAAGAGACCAUAGAGAAAGAACUAAAUCGGCGCCUGGAAAGCAUGCGCGAUGAUUUGGAGGAAAAGUGGGUUCAGAAGAUGAGGUCACAAGAAGUUGAGCUUCGCCACCAGCAUGACGUGGAGCGCAUAGAGUAUCAAACACAAUUGGAACAGCAGUGUCACCAGCAAGUAGAGGCACUUAAGCAUGAAAAUCACAUUGCUUUUAUUAAAGCUGUUCGUCAAAUGAAAAAGAGUCUCGCACAAAAUAAGAAGCACCAAAGACACACAGCUGAGUACCAAGGAAAGCAACCAGAAAAGGGGCUGAGUGAAGACUGGACUGAUGCCUCUUCACGAACUGCCAGCCAAGCAGCAGAUGAGAGCCUUGUUGAACAGCUACAUAAGGAGAAUCAACUUGAGAGCAUCAAGCAGAAGCAUGAGGCUGAGAUGGCGUCCUUACGUCAGCAGCUGGAGGAGUACAGACAGAUCAGUGAGAAGAAUCACGAGCAGCUUCAGGAGCAGUACUUGCAAGCAGUUACAAGCCUACGCAAUGGGCUUGCACAGGCACAACAGGGAGAAUUGGAUGCUGUUGUCAGGCAGCUGCAGGAGCUACAUGAGCAGCAGCUGAAGCAACUUCAAGCACAGCACCAACAUGACCUGGAGCUAGAGGUGGUAGCGGUGCGUGUGGCUGUGGAGCAGGUGCAGAAUGCUAGAGUACACCUGAUACAGGAGGAGCAUGAAAAACACCUGCAGCACCUCAAGAAGGAACACAAGGACCAGUUGAAUGCCCUUCAUGCUGAGCUCGAUAACUUACAUGCAGGUGAUAGACAGUUGACACUGACAGCAAGUGAAGAAUUAACAAGGAGAUAUCAGCAACUGAUAGAGAAGAUCACCAAGAGUCUGGAGAAUCAAAUGCUGACAUUUAAGCAUGAAGAUUAUGUUGCUAAAAAGGCAGAGAAGAAAGACCAGGCUGAAGAGAGUGGCUCUCCAGAGGGUAUCAUUACAGCACAGCAAGCUGAAGCCAUACAAGAGGCUCUGCAGGCCCAGCAGGAAGAGGUGUUAUUCUUGCGCAGUGAAUUACUGGCUGAGUAUGAACAUCUACUACAACAGAGGUCAGCAGAGGCCACGCAGCAGACACAAGAUGUCUUACGCUUGCAAGAGGAGAUGGCUGCUUUGCAGCAGCAGUACCAAAAGCAAAUUAAUGAGUUCCAGGCACGCUUGAGUAAUCUUAAUGAACAAAAAGGAAUGCAGGGAACAGGUGAACUGCAGCAAGACCUUGAGCUGGAGAAUGUCAAGGCCACAUAUGAACAGCGUAUUACUGACUUAGAAGACUCCUUUACUCGCAGAUAGCUGCCCUUCAGCAGACAGCGUUGAAUGUUCCUGAUGAUGCCAUUGAUUGUUUGACCAGUCAGCUAGCUGCUCUUGAUUCCACACAACAUGACUCUCCAUUGACAUCCCAGAGACUUGUGUUUGUGAAAGAUUAUGUUCAUAAGAGUACUUUUAUUGAUGGGACCUGUAAAGUGGACGCUGACACAACUUCCUCUUCUUGGGGCUUGUAUGGACACGAAGGUUCAAGACUGCAGGAGCUGAUUAAGGCCGUGGAAGAGAAAAAUGCACAGAUCAUAGAGCUGGAGAAACACCUUUACCAAGAGAGACAGAAUACAGAAUACUUGAUAGAAAAGUUGAGCAAACUGGAAGCUGACCUUGAGGAGCAGAAGCAGAUGGCUGAAAAAGUGGCCACAAUAUUGGAGGAGAGAGAGUGCCAGUUGAAAGAGGCCCACCAGAAGGCAGUGGAGAGUGAGAAACUGUUCAGGGAGCUCACAGAAAAGGAGGGCAGCUUGAAAAAUGAGGCCCAUGAGGAUGGGCUGUAUGGCAUGCAGGAAAGUGAUGUAGGUGACAGUGGAUUUGCUGCUUCACCUUCUUCCAUGGAAGAGGAAGUGCACAAGCUCAAAGUAGCACUGGAUCAGGCCACUAUAUCUUUGAGAGCAGUAGAGCAGCGUGAGUGCAAAUUACGAGAACAGCUUGAAGAGAUAGAGCAUCAGCACCAGGAAGCUCUCGAAGCUGUGCGGCAGGAGCUGGAACAUGAGGCCCAGGUAGAACGUGAUUCACUUCAGUCUGAGUUUCAGGUUCAGCUGGAGGUUGAGCUGAGACGACAGGCAGCUGAA